AUGUCAGGCGCCCGCCAUUGGGAGCAGGACAAAGACAGCACUAUCUACAUUGGCAAUCUUGAUGAGCGUGUCGCUGACGCCUUGGUCUGGGAGCUAUUUCUACAAGCUGGCCGCAUCGCCAAUGUCCAUCUCCCAAAAGAUCGCGUCACUCAAUCCCACCAAGGAUAUGGCUUCGUUGAGUUCACCUCCGAGGAAGACGCCGACUAUGCCGCCCGCGUCAUGAACCAAGUGCGCCUGUACGGCAAGCCAAUCCGAGUUAACAAGGCUUCAGCCGACAAGCAGAAGAGUGUCGAAGUGGGUGCCGAGCUUUUCGUCGGGAACCUAGACCCUAUGGUGGACGAGCGCAUUCUAUACGACACCUUUGGCCGCUUUGGCACGCUUGUUGCGCAACCCAAGAUCGCACGCGACGAGUCUGCUCUCAGCAAAGGCUAUGGUUUUAUCUCCUACGCCAACUUCGAGUCCUCCGACGAUGCUAUCGCGAACAUGCACGGGCAAUACCUCAUGAACAAAGAAAUCAGCGUGCAAUAUGCCUACAAGAAAGACGGCAAAGGCGAGAGGCACGGAGAUCAAGCCGAGCGUAUGCUCGCCGCCCAAGCAAAAGCGCACGGCGUGCAACCCAUACCUGCCACCAUCCCCAUGGGCGGUCCCGUGGGCGGCCCUCCUGGAAUGUUCCCUGGCGGCGCUCCUCCCGCAGUCCCAGCAGGCUUUGGCGCGCCAGGUGGUAUGAAUGGAAGCUACCAGAAUGUACCACCACCAACGCAGAAUCGUCCCCCACCGACCCCGAGCACACCACUGGCAGCGCCGCCGUCUGGGCUGCCAGCGAGGCCACCCCCGUCGCAGGUCGGCUACGGAGGGCCGCAGGGGUUCGUCCCAGGCUUCGGCAUGCCACCCGCACCUGCUGGUUUUGGAGGUGCACCGCAAGGAGGCCCUCCAGCGCCAAACAUGCCCACCCCGUUUGCCCCGCCCCCAGGAUUUGGAGGGCCAGCAACUGGAGCGAUGCCGGGACCGGGGCGAGGAGGUCCAGGAGCGCCGCCCCCAGGACUACCACCUGGCUUUCAGGGCUUUGGGCUGAGGAAAUAA